GAAAUGUCGGGAGCAAAAAAAAAGUCGUAAUCGUGAGUUCGAUUGUUUUCAUUUCUCGGAAGUUUCGAGCGAAAAUUAUCGGAGGCGGCAAGAAAUGUUUAAUAAGAAAACUAUUUGUCCUCUCGAGACGAAGAAAUUCUUUUUUUAUUCAUCACCCUAUCUUAAUUAAAACUCCCGAUAUCAACAACGGAAAUUAACUUUAAAAACCUUCAAAUUCGAUGUCACGAAUUUUUAUAAACAAUUGGAGAUAUCUUUGUAAAUAUUGUAGAUAGAAAAAAAUUCUGAGGACAGAAAAUGUUGGGCUUGAGGAGAGGAACAAUGUUUGUCAUUAACUUUUUCAUCUAUCUCUAAUAUUUGAGCAGAUAUAAACAAAAUAAUUGCAUGAAUCCAUUCCAAUAAAAUCGAGUAUCGACUUCUUUAUUGUUGAAUACCUCAAUAAAUAUGGAAAACAGAAAAAAAUGUUACAUACAAAAAAGUUUUAUAUUCUUAAGCCCAAGAAAUUCUUUUAUUUUUUGUUCUAUCUCAAUGAUUAACCAAGAUAUCAACAAUUAUUUAAAAAAUUAUCAAUGAAUGACUGUUUUCGUCGAUUUGUUCACUUGCAAAUAUCUGGAUAACUAAUGAAAAUACACGAAAAAAUCAUGAGCAAAAAAUGUUUGUCUUGAAAAGAGGAGCAUUUUUUGUACUUACAGUUUUCCUCUAGGUCCAAUAGUUCACGAGAAAAAUGGGCAAAAGCUGAGAUAAGUUAUCGAAAAAUUGGAUUGACUCGCGUUUUAUUCAGUAAUAAAUCGUUGAAAACAACAGUUAAUAUUUGCGAAAUUCACAUUUCUCGUUAGCCGAUGCUAAUGUGAAUGAGUGAACGUCGAGGUCUCUCGGGUGUCUCUCACCUCGUGUUCGAUCCCCCGUAUUUCCACUGGCAUAAGCAACUUUAAACCCAAUGACUACAACAUUAUGUCUGCAGUUGGUGAUCGUACGCUUGUACGCGUGAAAGCAGAACUGUGCCACUUGUUACACACUCAUCUCAGAGCGCCCCAAUAUUCGAAACUAAAUCAGUGUCAGUGAUAAAGAUCCGUCGCCAAAACUCCUCACAGCGAAAAAAAGAAAUUCUCAAUUUUUUUUUGGUGAAAUGAAAAUUUUAUUUGAUCAAAAAAUUCUGAUCGAAAAUUCAUAGGUGUGAGUUGGGACUUGAUUGAGAGUGGAAAAUAUAUUUUUGAGGCAUAAUGAAUAAUGUGGUGAAGUCUCUGGCUGAUGAUGAGCGAUUUGCGUUGAUGAAGUUCAGACGAAGCGUCCAGGAUGUUCUUCAGCCCCACCAUGACGACCACUUCCUCCUCCGUUGGCUCCGAGCUAGAAAAUGGGACCCCGUUGCAGCGGAGAAAAUGCUGCGUGAUUCGCUGGAGUGGAGGAGGAAGUGGGAGGUCGAUAGUCUCGAUGAUUGGGAGGAACCACAGGUGUUGAAAGAUUAUUUACCAUAUGGACAUUCGGGGUUUGAUAAGGAUGGAGCACCAGUCGUCAUCAUUCCAUUCUCCGGACUGGAUAUGUACGGAAUUCUCCACGUGGUAUCGCGGAGGGACAUGAUAAGAAUGACAAUAAAGGCGCUAGAAAGGUUCAUGCGGCUCUGCCGGGAGCAGGCCGAGAAGCACGGUCCAGUAGCGAAUCAAGUAACAGUCAUAUUCGACAUGCAAGACUUUAAUCUCCGGCCACUCAUGUGGAGACCAGCUGGAGAGACGAUAAUCACCUUGAUUCAAAUGUACGAGGCUAAUUACCCAGAGAUACUCAAGAUUUGUUUUAUAAUUAAUGCCCCGAAGAUGUUCGCCCUGGGCUUCUCAAUCGCCAAAAAAUUCAUGAACGAGUACACGAUCUCAAAAAUUCAGAUCCACAAGGCGGACCCCAACAGAUGGCGCCCCGCGGUCUUAAAAGUCAUCCCGGAGAAUCAAAUCCCCGCGUACUUCGGGGGGACCCUAACAGAUCCGGACGGGAAUCCCCGACUUCGAUCGAAAAUCUGUCAGGGUGGCAAGAUCCCGAAGGAGAUGUACAAGAAGAACUUCGAUAAGACGAACGAGGACUUCACGACAGUCGUCGUGAAGAAGGGUGACAAGAUGAAAAUUGAUUUUGUCCCCGAGAAGUUGGGAUCGAUUCUCAGCUGGGAGUUCCGCUCCGAAGAUCAUGACAUUAGAUUCGGGAUUUUGAGGAGGGGAACGGGUGGGGAGAAGGUGGAGCUCAUUCCAGUGCGCAGGGUUGCGGCACAUCAAUUGGAUGAGGUUGGCGUCCUGACGUGCGAGGAGCCUGGGACCUACUCAGUCGUCUUCGAUAAUUCUUACAGCCUCUUGAGGAACAAAAAAAUUCACUACAAUGUCAGGCUGGCUGAACCCACUGAAGGGCUUCAGGAACUCGCAUUUCAGGACGUCUAGACAUUUGUGAUUUUUUCAUGUACGGUGAAACCUCCCGUUUCUUAUAUUGUAGGUGGUUCAUGGAAAUCACCUCUGAUUUAUUAUAUUUUUAUAAGAAAUGAGAGGUUAAGCUCUACAGCUCGCUUCGCUCACCAAUCCCCAUGAUCCUUAUUCUGAUCCUUAAUCUGUCCCUCGUGACCCUCAUACCCCUCGUGACC